CCACAUUCAUCGUGGUCUACCCUCUGGUAUAAUCUGCAUAUCGCUGCUUUUGUCUUAGGCUACUAAUUAAGUAAUUAACGAUGAAGAACUCAUUUAGAUGGAGCUGUUAUUACUUUGUGCUAAUCAAUAUGUUCAUGUUGCAUUUUACAGUAAGGUCCCAACUGACAACAGACUUCUAUAAGUCAUCUUGUCCUAACCUUACAAAGAUAGUAAGGAAAGAGGUUGUAAAAGCUCUAAAGAAUGAGAUGAGAAUGGGUGCUUCUUUGCUUCGUCUUCACUUUCAUGAUUGCUUUGUCAAUGGUUGUGAUGGAUCAAUAUUAUUAGAUGGUGGCGAUGAUUUUGAAAAGUCUGCAUUUCCUAAUAUCAACUCUGUUAGAGGAUUUGAUGUUGUUGAUACAAUCAAAACGGCAGUGGAAAGUGCGUGUAGCGGAGUUGUCUCAUGUGCUGAUAUACUUGCCAUAGCUGCCAGAGAUUCUGUUCUUCUUAGUGGUGGUCCUUCAUGGAGUGUUAUGUUAGGACGAAGAGACGGAACAAUCUCAAAUGGAUCUCUAGCAAAUGUGGUGCUUCCUUCUCCAUUUGACCCACUAGAUACUAUUGUGUCAAAGUUUACCAAUGUAGGGCUCAAUCUCACAGAUGUUGUUUCUUUAUCAGGUGCUCAUACGAUUGGGAGAGCAAGAUGUGCACUGUUUAGCAAUAGAUUGUUCAAUUUUUCUGGAACAGGUUCACCAGACAGUACACUGGAAACCGGUAUGCUAACCGACCUACAAAAUUUGUGUCCUCAAACUGGGGAUGGAAACACAACUGCAGUUCUUGAUAGGAACUCAACUGAUCUCUUUGAUAAUCAUUACUAUAAGAACUUGCUUAACGGAAAGGGUCUUCUUAGUUCUGAUCAGAUUUUGAUUUCUACUGAUGAGGCAAAUUCAACUUCUAAACCAUUAGUUCAAAGCUACAACGAUAAUGCUACGCUUUUCUUUGGAGACUUUGUCAAAUCUAUGAUCAAGAUGGGGAAUAUAAAUCCAAAAACUGGGUCUGAUGGAGAGAUUAGGAAGAGCUGUAGAGUGAUAAAUUCGUAGAAAUAUGUUUUAGGGCUUUGCAAAAUAUUAAAUAAGUGGAAGAUUAGGAGUGUGUCUUCCUUGUGAUAGUGCAGUUAUGUUGUUGUUGCUAACUUGUAAUGUUGUUUGUAAGGGUGUGCUUCUCGAACAAAAUAUAAUCAUACAAAAAUGAAUAAAAUUCUAAAUAUAGGAUUGUUGUUUCUAGCUUA